GAAUAUUAUAAUAACCUCUAAAUGGCAGUGACCUACAAGAAAGCCGUCCUUAUGUUCCUGAUGUUCUUGUGCCUUACAAGCUGAGGGAGUAAGAUUAAGACAUUUAGAAGACAGCCACUUAGUUUAGUAUCAUUACUUCAGUUUCUGAUAGCCAAAAUGUAUCUAUCCUAGCCCUUUGCAGCCCUCUUCAUCUCUCUUGUCAACAUUAGUUUUACUUGUAGAGUUCACAUCCACAUUUGAACCGUAUGUUAGGUCCAUACUAUUAAAAAUUCGAUCGAUUAUGUAUCCAUCUUCCUUUGAUGAACAUGAGCUCCAAUGGGUUGAUGAUAAUCACAACAGGUUAAUGAGUAUUUUGCACAAAUUAAUUUAUAUACCAGUAUUGGGUCAAUACUUUAAUUCUACUAAUGUUUUUGAGAUAUCACUAGCUGCUUGGUUAAGAGGAAUCUUCGCCUUGUUUUAUUCUUAUAUCGUAGCUCUCUUUUCAGAGUUUGAUUAUGGAUUUUGGGAAUUGGAUGUGCUCUAUUGGAAAAAGAAAGUAACUGUUCAUACUGCUAUUGUUGAAGAGAAAGGGUUUGAUUAUUACCAUCUGAAUGAGGAAUGCAUCAGAUCUCGGAUAGUAGAGUACUUCUUACCAUUAUAUAAUGGAACUGAUUCAUCAAACUGUUCUGAGAUUGAUCCUAUUAUUAUCAAUUUGUCAGAAAGACCUAUUGACCCUGUGGAGAGCUAUGCCUCUUUGAUUUGGAAGAUACUUCUGUUUUUAAGUAUUCUCUGAGCAAUUAUCAUAAUGAUGAAGCUAAUUAUGACAGAAUGGAAGACUUAUAAGAGCCUAAGUAUCUCUCCACAAAAAAAAUCUGUUGAAAUUUUGGAUGAAAGUUCGAGUGAAGUAAGGUCAAUUUCUUCAGAGCUAUCUAAUCUUCAAGACCAAGGUAGCGCAAAUAGUGUUAAUAUUGGAUUGACUGAAUCAUCGAGUUAACUAAAAAGUAACAGCAACACUCUGAGCUAUGAUAAUCCAUCUUAAGAAGGGGUUAAAAGUUGCUUAUGAAGUUUUAUUGGUGAAUUAGUUUAAGUUUCAAUCC